AUGUCUGAAGAAGAACCGCAGUCUUUUUCCUUCCCAAGAGAAGAGGAGAAGGUUCUGGCUUACUGGAAUGAGAUCAACGCGUUCCACAAGUCUCUUGAGCUGACUAAAGGGAAGCCGCAGUUUGCCUUCUACGACGGUCCUCCGUUUGCAACUGGAACCCCCCAUUACGGCCAUAUCCUCGCCUCGACCAUCAAGGACAUUGUUCCUAGAUACGCCACUAUGAACGGCUUCUACGUGGAAAGACGCUUUGGCUGGGACACCCACGGACUGCCUGUUGAGCACGAGAUCGACAAGAAGCUGGGCAUCAAGUGCAAACAAGACGUCCUGGACAUGGGCAUAGCCAAGUACAACGAGGAGUGCAGGUCGAUCGUGAUGACGUACGCCGAGGAGUGGAGGAAAACCAUCGGCAGACUCGGCAGAUGGAUCGAUUUCGACAACGACUACAAGACGCUGUACCCAGAGUUCAUGGAGUCCGAGUGGUGGGCUUUCAAGCAGCUGUUUGAGAAGGGAGCGGUCUACAGAGGUUAUAGAGUCAUGCCGUACUCCACGGGUGUCACCACUUCGUUAUCGAACUUCGAGGCUCAGCUGAACUAUAAGGAGGUCAACGAUCCAGCCGUCACCGUUGGCUUCCCAUUGAAGGACGAUCCAAAGACCAUCCUUGUCGCCUGGACUACCACUCCGUGGACGCUGCCUUCUAAUAUCGGUCUCUGUGUGCACCCUGAGUUUGAGUAUGCCAAGAUCUACGACGAGGAGAAGGACGUCACCUACAUCAUGCUGGAAGGUCUGAUCAAGAGCCUGUACAAGAAGCCAAAGGACGCAAAGUACAAGAUUGUCGGCAAGAUCCUCGGUAAGGAGAUGGACGGCUGGAAAUACGAGCCGGCGUUCAACUACUUCUACGACAAGUUCAAGAACACCGGGUUCAGGGUGUACUGCAAUACCUUUGUCACAGACGACUCCGGUACCGGUAUCGUCCACCAGGCGCCGGCUUUCGGUGAGGUCGACUUCGAGGCUGCCACGGAGGCAGGCGUCAUCAACGUGGACCUGGCUCCUCCAAACCCUGUCGACGACGACGGAAGAUUCACUCAGGAAGUGACCGACUUUGCUGGACUCUACGUGAAGGAUGCCGACAAGGAGAUCAUCAAGUAUCUGACGUCCAACGGACGGAUCUUGCUGGCGUCCCAGAUCCGACACAGCUACCCAUUCUGCUGGAGAUCGGACACUCCGCUGCUUUAUAGAGCUGUUCCAUCGUGGUUUGUGAGAGUCAAGGACAUCGUCCCCCAGAUGUUGGAGGCUGUCGACAAGACCAGAUGGGUUCCUUCGAACAUCAAGGAUAAGAGAUUUUCCAACUGGAUUGCCAACGCCAGAGACUGGAACGUCUCCAGAAAAAGAUACUGGGGUACCCCGUUGCCGCUGUGGGUUUCGGACGAUCUCGAAGAGAUCGUCUGUGUUGGCUCUUUGGCUGAGCUGAAAGAACUGACCGGCGACCACUCCAUCACAGACAUGCACAGAGAAAGUAUCGACCAUCUGACCAUUCCAUCCAAGCAGGGCAAGGGCACUCUCAGGAGAAUCGAGGACGUGUUCGACUGUUGGUUUGAGUCUGGAUCCAUGCCGUACGCCUCGAAACACUAUCCGUUCGAUGAGGACAAGGAGAGGUUCACGGGGGCAUUUCCGGCCAACUUUAUUUCCGAGGGCUUGGACCAGACCAGAGGCUGGUUCUACACCUUGACGGUGCUGGGAACCCACCUGUUUGGCAAGGCUCCGUACCAGAACGUUAUUGUUUCCGGUAUUGUUCUUGCUGCUGACGGUAAGAAGAUGUCCAAAAGGCUGAAGAACUACCCAGACCCGAUGAACGUGCUCAAUACGUACGGUGCCGACGCCCUGAGACUGUACUUGAUCAACUCGCCUGUUUUGAGGGCCGAGACGCUCAAAUUCAAGGAGGAAGGUGUCAAGGAGGUGGUUUCCAAGGUUCUGCUACCAUGGUGGAACUCUUACAAGUUCCUGGAAGGACAAGUCGCCCUGCUCAAGAAAAACGAGGGCAUCGACUUCAAGUACGAUUCAGAGUCCAGAUCCGAGAACGUCAUGGAUCGCUGGCUGCUGGCGUCGAUCCAGUCGCUGAUCAAGUUUAUCCGUGUCGAGAUGGAGGAGUACAGACUGUACACGGUGGUUCCUAAGCUGCUGAAUUUGAUUGACGAGCUGACCAACUGGUACAUCCGUUUCAACAGAAAGCGACUGAAGGGAGAAAACGGUGUCGAGGACUGUCUGAAGGCCAUGAACACGCUGACCGAGGCGCUGUUCACUCUCGUGAGAGCCAUGGCUCCGUUCACGCCGUUCCUGGCCGAGAACAUCUACAGCAGAAUAAAGGUGCUUUUUGAGGAGCAAACGUUGAAGAAGUACGGCGAGAACACCGACUCUGUGCACUUUUUGUCGUACCCGAUUGUCAACGACUCUCUGAUCGACGAGAAGAUCGAGCUUGCUGUGUCCAGAAUGCAGAAGAUCAUCGACCUGGGCAGAAACAUCAGAGAAAAGAAGACCAUCUCGCUCAAAACCCCGUUGAAGGAGCUUGUUGUGCUGCACUCCGACCCAGGCUACCUUGAAGACGUCAAGGCAUUGCAGAACUACAUCAAGGAGGAGCUGAACGUCAGAGAUCUGGUCAUCACGUCCGACGAAGACAGAUUCGCCGUCGAGUACAAGGCCGUCGCCGACUGGCCGGUGCUGGGUAAGAAGCUCAAGAAAGACGCCAAAAAGGUCAAAGACGCUCUGCCGAAACUCACCUCCGACGAGGUCAAGGAGUUCCUCAAGACCGGCAAGGUCGAGGUGGCAGGCAUCGACCUCGUGGAGGAGGACUUGGCUGUGCUCAGAGGCUUGCCGGAAGACAAAGUUUCCAGUGGCCAGGAGGUCAGAACCGAGGGAGACGUGCUGGUCAUUUUGGACAUCAACUUGUACCCAGAGCUGCAAUCGGAGGGUCUCGUGAGAGAACUGAUCAACAGAAUCCAGAGACUGAGAAAGAAGUGCAACCUGCAACAGACCGACGAGGUGCUUGUGCAGCUGGAUAUCCAGAAGGAUCCGAUUGGACUGGCCGACGCCAUCACGGCCCACCAAAGCGUGCUGCUGAAGGCCACCAGAAGACCGGUCGAGACGUACGCCGAGACGUCGAGCCCUGUGCUCGGCGAGGAGGAGACCAGCAUCAGCGAUGCUCUGUUGAGGCUGCGGCUGUUGAGACUCGACUAG